AUGUCGAACGUCAUCCAGUCCCGCUUCUGGGCGGGCGGCAGCAGUGACGAUGCCAGCGACAGCGACUCCGAGGAGUAUGAAUCCAAGGGCUCGGGCAGCUCCUCAGAGGAGGAAGGGGCCGGGGCGGGCGGCAACAGGAUGUUUUUCCUGGACAGCGACACGGACUCGGACGAGGUGCGGCGCGUGGUGCGCAGCGCCAAGGACAAGCGCAUCGAGGAGCUGAAGGUCGUGUGCGACGAGAUGCGGAACAAGAUGAAGAUCAACGACUGGACGUCGAUCCAGACGGUGUUUGACAAGCUGAACCGGCAGCUGGAGCGCACGCUGAAGGUGACGGCCAAGCCCACGCCGCCACUGGCGUACAUCCGGGUCAUGGUGGAGCUGGAGGACUUCCUGGAGGAGAUGUGGGGCAACAAGGAAGCCAAGAAGAAGAUGAGCCCGACCAACCAGAGGGCGCUGAACACCAUGCGGCAGAGGCUGGCCAAGCACGUGGUGUACGAGAAGGAGAUGGCGGCUUUCAGGGCAGAUCCCGUGUCCACGGAUGAGGAGGAGGAGGAGGAGCCGGAGUCGUCCAGCUUCGACGAGGACGACGACCUGGAGGCCAUAGAGGAGGCGUCCAGGGCACCCAAGAAGAAGGACAAGAUCCUGAGCAUGGAGCCCAAGGACAUCACGCACGAGAUGGUGGCGGAGAAGCUGUCUGAGAUCCUGCAGUCCAGGGGCAAGCGGGGGACGGACCGGCAAGAGCAGGUGGAGAUGCUGACCUACCUGGCCACCGUGGCCAAGGGCCCGGCGCAGGUGGUGCAGGUGCUGUCGCACCUGGUGUCGUCCCUCUUCGACUUGAACCCCAGCAUGGCGUCACACAUGAAGGUGUCACAAUGGAAAAGUUGCACGAGCUACAUGCUGCAGAUGCUGGAGAUCCUUAGUGACAAUCCCAAUAUCAAGCUGGAGGAGGAUGCUGAGCAAGUGCCAGAGUCAGCAGAGGAGCCAGAGGAGGGUGCUGAGGUGAAGGUGUGGUGCAGCUUGGUGGCCUUCAUAGAGCGCCUGGAUGAUGAGUUGUUCAAGAGUCUGCAGGUGAUCGAUCCCCACACGCACGAGUACCUGGAGCGUCUCAAGGACGAGCCCUUCUUCCUGGCACUGGCCCAGCGCGUGUCAGAGUACCUGACAAGCAAGGAGGACUUCAAGGGGCUGCCACGUGUGGCCCUCCGGCUUGUUGAACACUACUACUACAAGGUCGACAGUGUGUAUAAUGCUAUGAGGAAACUUACCCUGGAGCAACAACAGGCCGCGGAAGAGGCUGCGGAAGAGGGUGGGGAAGAGGGCGGGGAGGAAGAGGAGGGGGCGGCAGACACCAAACCCAUCCUCAAGGUGCCUGCCAACUUCACCAUGGAUGAGGACGCCCACAACGCACUGCAGGUGCUCGUGGCCUCCGUAUUCAAGCAUGGCGACGAGCGUGCCAAGGCUCGGGCCAUGCUGUGCAGCAUCUUCCACAAGUGCAUCCACGAGGAUUUCUACACCGCACGGGACUGGAUGCUGAUGAGCCACCUGCAGGAUAACGUGCAGCUGAUGGACAUCUCCACGCAGAUACUGUACAACAGGACAAUCGCCCAGAUGGGCCUGUGCGCUUUCAGGGCGGGUCUGAUCCCGGAGGCACAUGCCUGCGUGGGUGAGCUGUACUCAAGUGGGCGUGUGAAGGAGCUGCUGGCACAGGGCAUGACGAUGAGCAGGUAUCAGGAGAAGACUCCCGAGCAGGAGAAACUGGAGCGCCGCCGCCAGAUGCCCUUCCACAUGCAUAUCAACCUUGAGCUGCUGGAGAGCGUGCACCUCAUAUCAGCCAUGCUGCUGGAGGCCCCCAACCUGGCGGCCAACCCCCUGGACGCGCCCCGCCGCACCAGCAGCAAGCCCUUCAUCAGCUGGCUUCUGAACAAUUACCAGAGCCACACCUACCUUGGGCCCCCUGAGAACGUGAAGGACCACGUGGUGGCCGCCACCAGGGCCCUGCUCACCGGCGACUGGCGCAACUCGUACAAGUACAUCUGCGCCCUGCCGUGCUGGUCCCUGAUGCCCAAGCAGGCGGAGGUACUGGAGAUGCUGAAGGGCAAGCUGCAGGAGGAGGGCCUGCGCACAUACCUGUUCGCCUACGCCUCCCAGUACAGCUCCCUCAGCCUGGACCAGCUGUGCACCAUGUUCGAGCUGAACCCCCAAAAGGUGGGCUCUAUCUCGAGCCGCAUGAUCAUCAACGACGAGAUCCACGGCGCCUGGGACCAGCCCACCUCCACGAUCGUGAUGCACAACAUUGAGGCCACCAAGCUGCAGAGCGCUGCCGUGCAGUUCAGCGACAAGGUGAGCAUGCUGCUGGAGAUGAACGAGAGGGCGCUGAGGGCGAUCCGAACAGGGAACAUCCAUGAGGCCGACGACGAUGGCGGCCACGCCCCCAGGAGGCGGGGCGGCUGGGACGACCACGGCCGGGCCGACCGGCACCGCGGCAACAAGGCCCGGAUGGGCUCUGGCCGGGGCGGAGGCCUCCCGGGGGUCAGGGGAUGGGGAAGGGGGGGUUAUGGGGGCCAACGGGGGAGCCGGUUUGGGGAGGGAGGUGGAUACGACAGAGGUUUCCAGGCGGGGUUCCGCCAGCAGCCGCAGCAGCCGCCCUCGCAGCAGUCCCAGCAGCAGCAGCAGCCCUCCAUGUCCUCCCUUGGCAGCUUGCGGGGGCGGCAGCAGCCGAGGAGGGUACCUGCGGUGUGA